AGAGACUACUAUGGCCCUCGACGUUGGUAGAGACAGAACGGCUUUAGAUGCCUCUGACGGAUCGCAAGUGCAGAUACUUCCGCGACGAGAAGAUGAUGUUCCACGAGCCGGGCUUCGAGCAGAUAAUGGUUGCUUUCAAGAAAUAAACAGGACGAUGAACACCAUAUUCGGUUUAUGCUUCAUUCCUGCUCUCCUCGUAAUUGGCUUCAUGCUGCUCUUCAUGCCAUCCAAAGGUACGUCAAGAUCGAGGCAGGUUACAAGCGACAAAGGGAACCUGGAAUCCACCAGGCUUUUCUUAUCAGGAAGGCGGGAGACAGGGAAGAAGCGUGUUGGCAUGGAAAGCAUAAAGCACACCACUGCGAUUACGGUCACAGCAGGCAGGGCCCAACCGAAGCGCACAGCGUACAACACAACUUUGAAGGAAUCGGGAAGCACCACCGUUCCUGAGCUAGGCGAAUACCCAGUGGAAGCGAUCUUGGCCGGUGUGCUCUUCAACAAGAGGCGAUCCUUUGUAGGGCGUGCCAUGCAUGGCUCUCAGAAGAUGCCUUGUCUCGUACAGCACCGGCGAUGUCUCUUCGUGGUGCUUGGAACGCCACUUGUCACCGCGGACACCUUUGAGUUUCUAGUGCAAUCAGCGAACGUCACCUUCGCCUGGGUGCUACACACGCCGAAAACAGCGUGGCCUGCCAAUAUAGUAAAAACCGUGGUGGCUACCGUUGGAGGAACGGAAGUGUUCUAUUUUGGACGAACACCGGGAUACCACCCUGACAGUCUCUUGGCGGGUGUGGUAAGGGAUUCCGAUGGCACCCUCACCGUGGUCGAUAGCCAGCGCAUGCGGAAGUUUCACAGCUUUCAAGUGCUUGUCAAGAUGACUCUGCAGUAUCCAUCAGAGAAAUGGAUGCAUUGUUACCGCUGGUGCAACCAAGGUGCAGUGCCAGGAGGCCUGGAGAUCCUCCCUACCUUCGUGGGACGAGCUUACCAUCACGGCCAAUUCAGCUUCUGCAAAGUGCUGUCCACUGGCUGCAUGAUGUGGGACACCAUGAGCACCGCGAACAUCUUCGAGUUCUUGGUGGAGUCUCCAGGCACGGCCUACGAUUGGGUGAACCAAAGCGUACUGUCAUCUCUGCGUUCCGACCAACUGGUUCAUGUGCCUCACCAAAAUGGAACUCGCGCUGUCGUCGGCAGAACUGUUCCACAAGCUGACGGUUCAGUGCUACUCGGGUUUGUGCAAAGUGAUGUAAAGCUGCUAUACGCUUUGAAAGAUGACCGUCGCAUGCCACCUUUCGCGGAAUAUGAAGUGCUUGCGAAGAGGCCAGCUACGUCACAGUGACCAGCUACGUCACAGUGUACCGUAGAGGCGACGUAUGUUUUUCUAAAGUAAUUUAUUCGUUAUUUUAAAGACAGAUUAUGAUUAUGACACUGCAUAUUAGUCGACUACCUGCUGAUGGUAUUAAUAAGAACUUGAAUAUAUGUUGCUGGGCAAACAUGGCA